CGUCAAACGGAAAUUUGCAGCAGCUAUUCUUUCUAGAAGCCUGUAGCAGUUUCGGGCUAGCCCGCACUGGGUAGGUUUGUCAGAUUUAUCUUGGCUAAACACAGCCAGCUGCUGCAUUGAGCACAAUUACACAUUUCUGAAAAGUGCGUUCUUGUGUUAUAUGCGUUUUUGCCUGAAGAGUCGGAUUAGUUGCGUUUAGCUCACUAACUUAGCCGAGUCAUAUCCCAAGCUAACGCUGUUUGCGUUAGGUUAGGUUCUUGCUGGCAUCAUGUCUAGGAUAGACUACAGCGUGUGGGACCACAUUGAGGUGUCAGACGAUGAAGAUGACACCCAUCCGAACAUUGACACACCCAGCCUCUUUAGGUGGAGACACCAGGCACGUGUGGAACGAAUGGAAGAAUUUCAGAAAAAGGGUGAAGAGAUAAACAAGGCACACUGCGAGAGCCGACGUAAACUGGCAGAGGUGCAGAAGAAAAUACAAGAGCUGGCUGUUUCAAAAACAGAUGAUGCCAAAGCAGAGUUGAUUAAAGCCCAGGCUGAGGAGAAGAAACUGAAAAAGGAGGAACGGGAGUGGGAGAAGAAGAUGGAAGAGCACAACCGGGAAGAGAAGAAGAUGCCAUGGAAUGUCGACACGCUCAGCAAGGAAGGUUUCAGCAAGAGCAUUGUUAAUAUCAGCCCGGAUCCUGCUGAAGAGACUGAAGAAGAGAAGGAGAAAAAGCAUAAAACCUUUGUGGAGAAGUAUGAGAAGCAGAUCAAACAUUUUGGCAUGUUACGACGUUGGGAUGACAGCCAGAAGUACCUCUCUGACAAUCCUCAUCUAGUAUGUGAAGAGACCGCCAACUACCUGGUCAUCAUGUGCAUUGACAUUGAAGUUGAGGAGAAACAUGCAUUGAUGGAGCAAGUGGCACAUCAGACUAUCGUCAUGCAGUUCAUUCUAGAGUUGGCAAAAAGCCUCAAGGUGGACCCCCGUGGUUGCUUUCGUCAAUUUUUUGCCAAGAUCAAGACAGCAGAUCAGCAGUACCAAGACGCUUUCAAUGACGAGCUGGAGUCAUUUAAGGAGCGGGUUCGGGGCAGGGCAAAGAUCCGCAUAGAAAAGGCCAUGAAGGAAUAUGAGGAAGAGGAGCGACAAAAGCGCCUGGGACCCGGAGGGCUAGAUCCUGUUGAAGUAUACGAGUCCCUUCCACUCGAGAUGCAGAAAUGCUUUGAUGAGAAGGACAUCCAAUUGUUGCAGGAGGUUAUUAGCAAAAUGGACCCAACGGAGGCGAAGGCUCACAUGAAGAGGUGCAUAGACUCGGGGCUCUGGGUCCCAAACUCCAAGACAGACGAUGGGGAAGAUAAAGCGGAAGAUACCUAUGAAGAAGUGAAACUGGAGCAGGAAGAAACUAAGAAGGAAUGACCAACACUGAGCCUGUGAUUUGUUGUUUCUGCAAAUGUACUUAACCUUACCCACUGUAUUGCAACUCCACUAUGUGUAUGACUAGUUUGUCAAUCAAGGAACAAUGAAAUUCUUCUUCUUCUCUAAAAUAUUUAGCUGAGAUUUAAGGGAUUAGCCUUCACCUGACAGCACAACUAUGUUGCAUCAGUAUCUCCUGCUUAGCAAAGUACUGCUGCUUGUGUUUAGGUAUUUUAUUUGUUUGGACAUCACUAAAGCUGUAUUUUUACAUUUAUUUGUAUACACCUGUCAAUUUGUGUGGGCUUGUAUGUGCACAUAUGCCUGCCUGCUUGAUUUGUGCUGUUGUAUAGUUGAAAAAUGUUCCAUACAUUUUCAGGUUGUGCAUAUAAUUUUCUUUUUUUUUUUUUUUUUAAGAGCUUGAGCAACUGAUGUAUUCUGAUGGUUAUUUCCCCAAAGUGACAUUUUCUACAAUCUUGCAUAACUAAAGGUUGAAUUAUAAGUAUUCAAGAUCAA